AUGAUGAAUCCUUACCUCAGUUGGGCUAUCCUGCUCGUGGUAGCAGGUGGCCUGGGUUGGUACUAUAAUGGCCCUGUUCCCAAAACUAAAGCCCCCAUAAAACCCAUCGUGGAAAAGGCCGAAAGCGCGGUGAGCGCGAAGAAACCCAAGAAGAAGACUAAGAAGUCUCUGGAACCCUCUCCUGCCCCCGCUAAGCUCGAGGAAAAGCCAGUGCAGACCCCCAAGAUCGAGGAGGCUGAUGUGGCGGAUGAGGAGAUCGACAAGAAAGAGAUGGCCAAGCGUUUUGCCGCUGUGAAGAACGGUGUUCCCCUUAAGGAAAGCAACAAGGAUGGCAACAGUGGCAGCAAGGCUCAAAAGAAGAAGAACAAGAAGGGAACCCCCAGCCAGCUCAACGCCAGCAACAACGAGCGAUCUGCCUCCCGUGUCUCUACUCGUACCUCAUCCACCACCGGAGCCGAGGCUGAUGAUGACCUCUCUCCAGCUGGAUCCCCUAAGGUUAAUGCCAGUGCCUCUGCUGCUGGAUAUGUUUCUGACAUGCUCGAGGCUCCUGCCCCAGCAGCGUCAGUUCUCCGUGUGACGGGCUCUUUGGAAUCGGACUCCCAGAAGAAGAAGCAGAAGCCCCAAUCAUUCAAGCAAGUCGAAACCAAGAAGCAACGCCAACAGCGCCUGAAGAAUGAAGCUCGGAAGCAGCAGGUCCAGGAAGCUGAGGAGGAGAGACGUAAAUUGCUCGAGAAGCAGCUCCACACCGCUCGCGAAUCUGAGCGCCGUGAAGCCGCCAAGUCAAAGCCGGCUGCUCAACCUAAUGCCUGGCAGACUCAGAGCGUGAACAAGGUUACCAACGGUAAUGUUACCAACGGCACCCAUAAGUCCGCUCCGGCCCCUAAGGUUGAACUGCUGGACACAUUUGAGCCUGAAAACUCGUCCGCUGCCGCAUCCUCCAAGGAGUGGGACCAGGGCCUCCCAUCCGAGGAGGAGCAGAUGCGUAUUCUCGGCGCAGAGAACGGUGAAGAUCAAUGGACUACUGUGUCUAGCAAGAAGAUCAAGAAGAAGGGCGGCAAAACCGAUGACAGUGAAGUCAGCGCUGUUGAAGACCAGCCCACACCGGUCGCACCUGCACCUGCACCUAUUGAGCCCAAGGUGAAGAUCACUCCUACCUACCUUCCUGAUGUCCUCCGCUCCGGAAAGAAGGGACAUCCCCUUGACUCCGAUUGGGCUGCUUGA